ACCAGUCCUUACAUACACCUAAACAAAGUGCGUGGCUAUAUAGGUGUGUGUCUGUUUGUUCUUGCUUGUCGAGUACUAAAAACAAAUACACCCAAUUAACUAGCUGAAGAGAGCAACCUAAUGGAGCACUACCUCUGUGAAGCUGCAAUUACAGGGGACACCGAUUCGCUGCACAACUUAAUCGAAAAUGAUCCACUGAUUCUACACAAAGUUGUGGCCGGAUGUUUCAGUGGCACAAGUCCUCUCCAUGUCGCUACAUCAAACAAGCAAACACACUUUGUGGAAGAACUACUGAGUCUCCAACCGGAACUAGCCGAAGUUCUAGAUUCGCAGCAACGGUCGGCCCUUCACUUGGCGUCCGCCCAAGGGCACGACGAGAUUGUGAAACUGUUGUUAGCAAAGGUCGGGCUUGAGAUAUGCCUAGUUCGCGAUCGAGACGGUAGAAACCCUCUCCAUAUUGCUGCCGUGAAAGGCAAGAUCAGUGCCUUGGAAGAGUUGGUUAGAAGCUGCCCAGAAGCGGCUCGAGUCAGGGUGGAUCGGAAUGACACAAUCUUGCACUUAUGCGUCAAGCACAACCAGUUGGAGAGCUUGGAGAAACUAUUGGACAUAGUACAAGGCCAGGAUUUUGUCAACGCCAAGGACAGUGAUGGAAACACCAUCCUACAUCUAGCUAUUUUGUAUAAACGAUGCACGAUUGCGAGUCAUGUCCUAGAGAAGAAAACAAUAGAUGUGAAUGCGACAAAUGCAAGUGGACACACAGCAAUGGACAUUUUGUUGCUUGGAUCAGAUCGAAAUGAAGUGGAUCAUAUCGAAGACUUACUUCGACAUGCCCAUGCUAAGCAGGCGAAGGAUCUCGUAGGUGGAGAUUGGCUUACGAAUAAAAGGGACUCCUUAAUGGUUGUGGCAUCGCUUAUUGCGACAAUGGCAUUCCAAGCUGGGGUGAACCCUCCAGGUGGCAUUUUGCAAAACGAUUUCAAUGGGCGCCGAGCCGGGGAAGCUGUAAUGGCUUAUAGAAAUCUAAAUUCUUAUCCGUACUUCCUCGGCUUUAACACGAUAGGAUUCGUUGCGUCAUUGAGCACAAUUUUGUUGCUCAUCAGCGGAUUAAAAUUCAAGAACAAGGCUACCAUGUGGAUCCUUAUAGUGACCAUGUGGUUGGCAAUCACAUCAAUGGCAAUUACAUAUUUGUUAUCCAACGUUGUGGUUACUCCUGAAAAGGAGAGACGAUCACUCAGUUUUACCGUUAAAAUUGGAGUUAUAGUGUGGUCCAGUAUGAUGGCUCUUCUUCUACUGAAAUACACAUUCGACUUGGUGGCAAUUUUUGCGAAAGAGAAAAGGAGUAGAAGGAAGGCCAGUAACAGGAUUGCCAGUAUGAAAUUGGAGCAGCGCGCGCAGAGUGUUGAUGAAGGAGCUACUCAAGCUAGCCGCGCGCGCAGAGUGUUGAUGAAAUUGGAGCCGCCCGCGCAAAUUGGUUUGCCUGUCCUACGCAAGCUCCGGGGUGGCAAAGAUGGAGGAGCUACUCCUCCCCCUCCCCUUCCCCUCAGUACUUCUUAGUCGAUAUAGGAUUGAUUAGGCUUUCCAAUGUUGGAUCUUUUGCUCAUGGUGUGCAUUACUGUAGUAAAGGACAACAAUACUCCUAUGGACUGUUUCUGGAAAGAGAAUUAAGAUUGUAAACACCGGCCGUGCACCCUUACGUGGUGCUGCCUAAUAGUUUUCAUGCUUGGUUCAUACUUGCUCCGU